AUGUCCCUCUCACCCUACAAGCUCCUAACCUUCGACGUCUACGGCACGCUCGUCGACUGGGAAUCCGGCAUCAUCGCCGCGCUGGCCCCCUCACUCUCCAAAUCCCCCUCCCCAACCAACAAUCCGACGCGCUCCCAAAUCCUCCACGCCUACCACGAUCUCGAGCGAGCCCAACAAACCAAAACCCCAUCCAUGCUCUACUGCGACGUCCUCGCCACAAUCCACGCCCCGCUCUGCGAAAAACUCAACCUCCCGCCCCCCAGCGCCUCCGAAUCCCGCGCAUUCGGCGAGUCGAUUGGAAACUGGCCGGCGUUCCCGGAUACAGUGGGCGCAUUGCAAAGAUUAAAGAAGAAAUACAGACUCGUUGUGUUGUCGAAUGUCGACCGGGAGUCCUUCGCCAAGACGAACGCGGGCAGUUUAGAGGGGUUCGAGUUCGAUGCGGUUAUCACGGCGCAGGAUGUAGGCUCUUACAAGCCGGAUCUGGCGAACUUUGAGUUCAUGCUCGGGGCUGUGAAGGAACGCUUUGGGGUUGAGCGGGGGGAGGUGCUCCAGACGGCGCAGAGCCAGUUCCAUGAUCAUCAUCCCGCGCAGAAGGUUGGGAUUAGGAGUGUGUGGAUUGAGAGGCCUGGGGCGAUUAUGGGGAAUCUGGAGGAGAAUGUGUUUGAUUGGAGAUUUGAGACGUUGGGGGGGAUGGCGGAUGCGGUUGAGGCUGAGGGUGAGGCUGAGUAG